AGUGAGGAAGGCAGGUCUUCUCCGCGGACUUUUAGGACCACUUUUCUGACGUCUCCAUAGGAAACAUGAGUCUGACUUGUUUUGUAUUCACUUUCAAGUAAAUCUUGCCUCUCAUUCUUUCCCACGCCGAGGCGUCCGGAUGUGGAAGUAAUGAGGAGGAGGAGGAGGAGGACGGGUCCGAUGGCGCGCCAUGCAGCACCUUGAGCCCAUGGAGACAUGGCACAGCGGUUCCUCUCCUCCGCCUUCAUGCUGACUGUGUCCUUGUCCUGCACCUAUUUGUGCUACACCAUCAUUUUCGGCCGCACCGCCGUCAUAACAGGGCGGCCCUACGUGGGAAGCCGCUGCCCGCCGAGCAGGCUCACCGGCGGGAAGAAACUUCUCGCCCAGUCGGACCACCGCCAGUGCGCCUGGCUGGAGGCAGCCCAGCCCGGCCCUCCUCCUCUCCGUCUGCCCCCCGCGCGCUGGGGCGACGUCAAGGGGAAAAACUUGAGUUCGGCGCAAAAACUGGGGAGUAAAAAGCUGCCCGGCGCCAUGAUCGUGGGGGUGAAGAAAGGAGGAACCAGGGCGGUGCUGGAGUUCAUCAGGAUCCACCCGGACGUGCGCGCCCUCGGGACGGAGCCGCAUUUCUUCGACAGGAACUACGACAGAGGACUGGACUGGUACAGGAGCCUCAUGCCAAGAACUUUGGAUAGUCAAAUCACUCUGGAGAAGACCCCAAGCUACUUCGUCACCAGAGAAGCCCCUCGACGUAUCUCUAGCAUGUCCCACCAGACCAAGCUGAUCGUGGUGGUCCGCAACCCGGUCACCAGAGCCAUAUCGGACUACACGCAGACUCUUUCCAAGAAGCCCGACCUCCCCACCUUUGAGGAGCUGGCCUUCAAGAACAGGAGCCAAGGUUUGGUGGACACUUCCUGGAAUGCCAUCCGGAUCGGAAUGUACAUCCUUCACCUGGAGAACUGGCUGCGCUACUUCCGCCUCUCCCAGAUGCACUUUGUGAGCGGCGAGCGGCUCAUCACCGACCCGGCCGGCGAAAUGGGCCGAGUUCAGGACUUUUUGGGGCUGAAGAGGAUCAUCUCGGACAAGCACUUCUACUUUAACCGGACCAAAGGCUUCCCGUGCCUGAAGAAGCCGGAGAGCAGCGGCCAGCCUCGUUGCCUGGGGAAGUCCAAGGGCAGGACUCACGUCCAGAUAGACCGGGAUGUCAUCGAUCAGCUGCAGGAGUUUUAUAGACCCUUCAACGUCAAAUUCUUUGAAACUGUCGGACAGGACUUCAAAUGGGAAUAAAAGUGACAAGAAAUCGGACUUGGUCUAACGGGGACGCUUCAAUUUGAGACACCUGAAAACAUUUUGGUAUUUCUAGGAACUAAGACUAAUCAAGCUUUGGAGAACUCAACCUAUCCACGACCGAGUUUUGGUUCAGUUCGGUGCGGUAAGCAUUGAGAAAUGAUGAGAUCACUGCAGUGGUUGGGACACACUGCAGUCAACAGAGAAUGGCGGUUCUUUGACGUCUUUUGGCGACUCUUACCCAGAGAUGCAUAAAAACAGCAGAAUUAGAGCCGGAACCAGACGGAAGAUUCAAAAUGUAGGUGCCUCUGCCUUUUGACAGGGAUUGCUUUUAGCACGACAGCACGGAAUAAGUGUGUUCACCUUUCAGAAUUACCAGGGAAUGCUACCUCUAAAGGUGGAUUAUUGCCAGGUCAACUAUGUUCUACCAAUUACAUGUCCGGGUUAGGGUUAGAAUUAGGGGUUAGUGUUAAAGGGGAACAUUAUCACAAUUUCAGAAGGGUUAAAACCAUUAAAAAUCAGUUCCCAGUGGCUUAUUUUAUUUUUCGAAGUUUUUUUCAAAAUUUUACCCAUCACGCAAUAUCCCUACAAAAAGCUUCAAAGUGCCUGAUUUUAACCAUCGUUAUA